AUGGCGAUGGUUCAUAAGUCGAGACGUCGUGAGCAAGGGCAAUUCCCAAUCAGAGAAUUCACGGCGAAGGUGAUUUCCGAUGAAGGUCUAUACGACGGUGAUGAUUUCAUGCAAAUUUUGCGGCGGCAAAAACAAGGGGCCAUGGCGUGGCUUCGUCUAGAGAGGCUGAUGGUUGCGAUGUCUCUUAUCCUUAAGGAGGCAGACCUUUUCAAGCAAUAG